ACAAAUAAUUAUAUCUCUCGUCAUCUCCUUUCUCUUUCAAUGUCCGUUGAUAACAGACGAAUGCUUGAGACAUAAACAACUCUUACAAUCUCUCUAAUCAAUUAAGCAGACAGCGAACAUCGUAUGAGCAGAGAGUAAAAGAAGGAGGAUCAUUCAUCGUCGUAUUGUCUCAUGAAUCCCUCCAGCGACCAAGUUUCCGUCGCCGCAGAGGAACUAGCUCCGCCGUCUCAACCGCAUCGCCUAUCCACAUCCUGCGAUGCUCACCCAGACGAGCGCUUCUCCGGUUUCUGCCCUUCCUGUCUCUGCGAACGUCUCUCCGUCUUAGAUCACAACGGCGCUCCGCCGCAGCCGUCGUCAUCUUCCCGGAAACCACCCACCAUCUCCACCGCAGCGUUGAAAGCUCUCUUCAAGCCCUCUAGUGGUAACAACAACGCCAGUGGGAACGGCCGGGUCCGAGGAGGUUUCUUCCCGGAGCUCCGGCGAAGCAAAUCGUUUUCAGCAAAGAACAACGAGGGAUUAUCCGGAGGGUUAGAGCCGCAGCGUCGGUCUUGCGACGUCAGGCUUCGUGAAGAAAACAGAAACCUUUCCACGAAAGAAGAGGAGGCAGUGGUGGAAGUGACUGAAGAAGAAGAAGAAGAAGAAGAAAAUGGAAGCCACUCGGAGAUUGAGAUUGUGAAUGAUUCGGGCGAAAUUAUAGAGGAAAAAAGCGACGAGAUUGUGGAGGAGGAGAAGCCAAUGAAGGAGUACAUGGAUCUGUAUCCGCAGACAAAGAAGCCCUCCUUGGCCGGGAGCUUCUUUUCGGCGGCCUCUGUUUUCAGCAAGAAGCUCCAGAAAUGGAGGCACAAGCAGAAGAAGGUUAAGAAGCCACGUGGCAGCCAAGUAGGACGCCCACAGUUGCCGGCUGAGAAGGCGACUAGAAGACAGCCAAGGGAUACGCAGUCGGAGAUCGCCGAUUACGGAUUCGGCCGGAGAUCUAGCGACACUGACGCCGGAAGAUUCUCCGUGGAUAUAGGUGUGGAGGAUUCUCGCUACUCGUUAGACGAGCCAAGAGCGUCGUGGGAUGGGCACUUGAUCGGCAGGACGACGGCUAGGGUUCCUCCACCGCCGUCGAUGCUAUCAGUCGUGGAGAACGCGGCGCCAAUGCAUCCAUCAGACAUGCAGAUUCCUGUUGCGUCGAUUAAUGGAGAAUCCGACCCGAUAAUCAUCAUCCCAGGCGGAUCGAGUCAAACCCGAGACUACUACACGGAAGCUCCGUCGAGGAGGCGGAAGAGCCUCGACAGAUCCAAUUCAAUUAAAAAAGCAAUGGAGAUGGAGGAGGUCAAAUCGCUGGUGUCGAAUUCAAGGGUGUCUCCGGCAGAGUCAUACUCCGUCGUGGAGAAUCAGCAUGGUGAUAAGAAACCAUCGAGACGAUGGGGAAAAUGGAGCAUGUUAGGUUUUAUCUACAGGAAAGGUGUUAGCAAGGACGAGGAAGAUGAUAGGUAUAGCCGUUCCAACAGCACCGGAAUGGUGGAGAGGUCAUUGUCGGAAUCAUGGCCGGAGCUGAGGAACGAAGGAGGACCCAAGAUGAGGAGGAGUAACAGCAAUGUGAGCUGGAGGAGCUCCGGGGGAGGAUCUUCGAGGAAUAAUAAGAGUUGGAGGAAUUCUUCUAAGGAUGGUGACAACGGAAUGUUGAGGUUUUAUUUGACACCGAGUUGGAGAAAUGGCGGCGGUGGUGGCGGGUGGGAGAAGACUGCGGCCAGGGCAAAUAGUCACGGCCACUCUAUAGCCAGGAGAGUCAUGAGGCUCUAUUGACCAGCAAAUUAUCUCUCUUAAUUUUUAUUUUUUAAGUAUUUGAGCUUAUAUGUAUUCUGAGUUCUAAACCGAUGAUUCCUAUUCCAGAAUAAGCCUUUGGGAACCACCCACAGAAAUUAAGCUGCUGCUUCAUUAGUAUC